CGGCCCAGCAGCUCAUGGAUCCCUGCAGGUUCGUCCUUCCUCUUCGUGAACACGUCCGGCCGCUACAGCGGUCAGCGUGCUCAGCUGCUGCUGCCGCCGCUCAGAGAGAACGACACACACUGCCUCAGCUUCCAGUUCUACCAGGUCGGGGGCCGAGAGGGGGCUGCGCCCGCUACGCUCAAUAUCUACAUCAAAGAGAACAACAGCCCUCUGGGAAUUCCUAUCAGUAACUCAUCUGGCCCCGCCUACCACAUCUGGAAAGGGGUGGAGCUUGCCGUGUCCAUUUUCUGGCCAAAUUCCUACCAGGUUGUGUUUGAGGCGGUCAGCACCGGUCAGAGGGGAGUCCUGGCCAUCAGAGACAUCACUCUGCAGGGACAUCAGUGCAUGAGCACGCCACAUCCUCUGCACAUCAAAGCCGUGGAGGUGAACGCGGGUCAGACGGCCACCUUUCAGUGCACGGUGAACGGGCAGCCGCAGGGGAACCCGCUGCUCUACCUGCAGGGCAUGGGAGGUCGGCUGGCCGUCGCUAAGGAAACCAAAGUGGUGAACUCCCGCCGCUAUGUGGCGGUCUUCGAUGUCAUGAACACCACCAAAGGGGAUACUGGACGCUACCGCUGCAUCGCCCAAUCCGAGCGCGGAGUGGGCGUGUCCUCCUACGCAGAACUGACGCUGAUCUCUGAACGGCUGAUCUGUGAACGGCUGAUCUCUGAACGGCUGAUCUCUGAACGGCUGAUCUCUGAACGGCUGCUCUGUGACCGGCUGAUCUUUGAACGGCUGAUCUUUGAACGGCUGAUCUCUGAACGGCUGCUCUUUGAACGGCUGAUCUCUGACCGGCUGCUCUUUGAACGGCUGUUCUCUGAACGGCUGAUCUUUGAACGGCUGAUCUUUGAACGGCUGCUCUCUGACCGGCUGAUCUUUGAACGGCUGAUCUUUGACCGGCUGAUCUUUGAACGGCUGAUCUCUGAACGGCUGAUCUCUGACCGGCUGAUCUCUGACCGGCUGAUCUCUGAACGGCUGUUCUCUGAACGGCUGAUCUUUGAACGGCUGAUCUCUGAACGGCUGAUCUCUGAACGGCUGAUCUCUGAACGGCUGUUCUCUGAACGGCUGAUCUUUGAACGGCUGAUCUUUGAACGGCUGCUCUCUGAACGGCUGAUCUCUGAACGGCUGCUCUUUGAACGGCUGAUCUCUGAACGGCUGAUCUCUGACCGGCUGAUCUCUGAACGGCUGAUCUCUGACCGGCUGAUCUUUGAACGGCUGAUCUUUGAACGGCUGCUCUCUGAACGGCUGCUCUCUGAACGGCUGCUCUCUGAACGGCUGAUCUCUGAACGGCUGAUCUCUGAACGGCUGAUCUCUGAAUGGCUGCUCUCUGAACGGCUGAUCUCUGAACGGCUGAUCUCUGAACGGCUGAUCUCUGAAUGGCUGCUCUCUGAACGGCUGAUCUCUGACCGGCUGAUCUCUGAACGGCUGAUCUCUGACCGGCUGAUCUUUGAACGGCUGAUCUCUGAAUGGCUGCUCUCUGAAUGGCUGCUCUCUGAAUGGCUGCUCUCUGAACGGCUGAUCUCUGACCGGCUGAUCUCUGACCGGCUGAUCUCUGAACGGCUGAUCUCUGACCGGCUGAUCUCUGACCGGCUGCUCUCUGAACGGCUGCUCUCUGAACGAACAGUGGAGUACCGCACCAUGUCCGGCAUGCUGAUCGACACCACGCCUGUGGAUAAGCCGGACCAUAAGAUCGGACACCUCGACCCAGACACAGAGUACGAGAUCAGCGUCCUGCUGACCCGGCCCCUGGACGGAGGGACGGGAAACCCCGGGCCGCCCCUCAGAGCCAAAACCAAGUGCGCAGACCCAAUGCACGGCCCGCGGCGGCUCCAGGUCAGCGACGUUCAGUCCAAACAGGUGACGGUUCGGUGGGAACCGUUUGGAUAUAAUGUAACGCGCUGCCACAGCUACAACCUGACGGUGCAGUACCGCUACCGACCUGCAGGCGCCACCAGCAGGGAGGAGCAGGUGAGGGAGGAGGUGGUGUACGACACCCUCAGCCCGCUGCCGCAGCACACCGUCCGUAACCUUCCACCGUACACCAACGUCAGCCUGAAACUGGUUCUGGGUAACCCAGAGGGAUGUAAGGAGAGCGCGGAGCUGCUGGUGCUGACGGAUGAGGACGUUCCUGGAGGCGUUCCGUUGGACUCCAUCCUUGGUCGCAGCUAUGAGCAGCAGAUUAGUCUGAGCUGGAGGGAACCUCUCAACACUUAUGGCCUGAUCCGGCAGUACGAGAUUUCCUACAAAGCUCUGAGCUCCUUUGACACGGAGUUUGAUCUGUCCAAUCAGAGCGGGAAGGUGUUCAAACCAGCCAAUGAGACCAGCCAUGUGUUUUCUGGCCUCUCACCUGGAUCCACCUACUCCUUCACAAUAAAAGCCUCAACCAUUAAAGGCUUCGGGCCCCCAGUCAUCACCCAGUUCACCACUAAGAUCUCAGCUCCUCUGAUGCCAGCCUACGAUCAGGAGUCGCCCCUGAACCAGACCGACUCCUCCGUCACGGUUCUGCUGAGGCCCGCCCAGAGCCGCGGCGCCCCCGUCAGUAAGUACCAGGUGGUGGUGGAGGAGGAGCGCCCCCGCAGGCUGAGGAGAGGAACAGCAGAGAUCCUUCGCUGCUAUCCGGUUCCCGUUCAUUUCCAGAACGCCUCGCUGCUCAACUCGCCGUAUUACUUCAGCGCCGAGCUGCCCAUGGCGGAGCUGAGGAGUCCUCUGCCCUUCUGUGUCGGUGAUAACAGGACCUACAGCGGUUACUGGAACGCUCCUCUGCUGCCUCACAAGAGUUACGGCAUCUACUACCAGGCUGUGAGCACGGCCAACGGGAACCAGCCUCUGCUUCAGCCUGUCUCUGUCUUUCUCACUUUCUCUGCACGCCUUCCUGGACCUCCAGCCGCCAUAAUCGCCACGCAGCUCACCACGCCGUACCUGGGCGUCGCCCCGGCGGCUGGCGACAAGCAGCUGACAGGAGCUGCGACCAGGAAACCAGAACCAGAGCAGGAGAAGGAGACGGAUCACACUGUGAAGAUUGCUGGAUCCAUCGCUGGCGUCCUGCUCUUCAUCAUCAUCUUCCUGGGAAGCAUCCUGCUGAUGAACAAAAGAAGAAGAAAUUAUCACUCCUACACUUACUACCUGAAGUUGGCCAAGAAGAGGAAGGAAACGUUGAGCUCCAGACAGGAAAUGACUCUGAUGGUGAACACCUCCCAACACACAACCGUGGUGGACACACACACUCUGAACGGCCACAACAUGUCAUCUCCUUCCUCUUUUACCCUUAAGACCAACACCAUCAGCACCUCUGCACCGAACUCCUACUACCCAGAUCCAUUCGUACCCACAGCCAUCCUCGUGCCCAUUAAUGACGACAGCAGCCACACUAUGACCAGUGAAACCAGCAGCCUGGUCCAGUCCCACUACAAGCAGCGGGAGGCGGAGCGGGAGGCGCUGCCGUACCAGACGGGCCAGCUGCAUCCGGCCAUCCGGGUGGCCGACCUCCUGCAGCACAUCACCCAGAUGAAAUGUGCUGAAGGUUACGGGUUCAAGGAGGAGUAUGAGCUUAACCAGAGCUUCUUUGAGGGCCAGUCUGCUCCAUGGGACUCAGCCAAGAAGGACGAGAACCGCAUGAAGAACCGAUACGGAAACAUCAUCGCCUACGAUCACUCCCGGGUUCGUCUGCAACCUCAGGAUGGAGACGGCGCCUCUGACUACAUCAAUGCCAACUACGUAGACGGUUACCACCGACCCAAUCACUACAUCGCCACUCAAGGGCCCAUGCAGGAGACGGUCUAUGACUUCUGGAGGAUGGUGUGGCAGGAGAACACGGCGGCCAUAGUGAUGGUUACCAACCUGGUGGAGGUGGGCCGGGUGAAGUGCUGUAAGUACUGGCCCGAUGACACCGAGAUCUACGGCGACAUGAAGGUGACGCUGAUCGAGACCCAGCUGCUGUCGGAGUACGUGAUCCGGACAUUCGCAGUGGAGAAGAGGGGCGUGGCCGAGAUCAGGGAGAUCCGUCAGUUCCACUUCACCGGCUGGCCCGACCACGGCGUCCCGCUUCACGCCACCGGACUCCUGGGCUUCAUCCGUUGUGUCAAGGCCAAGACUCCGCCCACCGCCGGCCCCACCGUGGUCCACUGCAGCGCGGGGGCGGGGCGGACGGGCUGCUUCAUCGUCAUCGACAUCAUGCUGGACAUGGCGGACAGAGAAGGCGUGGUCGACAUCUACAACUGUGUGAGAGAGCUGAGAGCGCGGCGGGUCAACAUGGUCCAAACGGAGGAGCAGUACGUCUUCAUACAUGACGCCAUCUUGGAGGCGUGUCUCUGCGGCAACACGGCCGUCCCAGCCAAUCAGCUGCGCUCCGUUUACUAUGAGAUGAACCGACUGGACCCCCAGACCAACUCCUGCCAGAUCAAAGAGGAGUUCAGGACCCUCAACAUGGUGACGCCCACCCUGCGUGUUGAGGACUGCAGCAUCGCCCUGUUGCCUAGAAACCACGAGAAGAACCGCUGCAUGGACGUCCUGCCGCCGGACCGCUGCCUGCCCUUCCUCAUCACCAUCGACGGAGAGAGCUCCAACUACAUCAACGCCGCGCUCAUGGACAGCUACAAGCAGCCGUCGGCCUUCAUCGUUACCCAGCAUCCUUUGCCCAACACGGUGAAGGACUUCUGGCGCCUGGUCCUGGACUACCACUGCACCUCCAUCGUGAUGCUGAACGACGUGGACCCUGCUCAGCUGUGUCCUCAGUACUGGCCAGAGAAUGGCCUUCACCGCCUCGGCUCCCUGCAGGUGGAGUUUGUUUCUGCUGACCUGGAGGAGGACGUCAUCAGCCGCAUCUUCAGGAUCUACAACACAGCCAGGCCGCAAGACGGGUUCCGCAUGGUGCAGCAGUUCCAGUUCCUGGGCUGGCCCAUGUACCGCGACACGCCCGUCUCCAAGCGCUCCUUCCUCAAACUGGUCCAUCAGGUGGACAAGUGGCAGGACGAGUACGACGGCGGCGAGGGACGCACCGUGGUCCACUGCCUGUAAG